AAUAAUAAAUUGAGAUUUCAAUUUUCUUAAAUUUAGAAAACGGAGAUUAAAAACGUCAGAACAUAAAAGCAUCAAUGGAAAGCAUCAACGACAAAACAUCUGUGGCGGAAUUGCAAAAAAUUUUACAAAAAUUAGAUGUACCUUUACAAGUUACGGAAAUUCUAGAAGAUAAGAACCACAAAGAUAGUGCAUGAACCGUUACGUUAUGGAACAUACACGAUUACAUUGUUCAGUAUGCAAUAAUAUGAUUUCACAUGGAUUGAAUGGUUUACGUCAGCAUUUCAUCAAUUACCAUGGACUCACGAUUACUCGGAAAAUGGGCAAUACAGAUUUUGUAUGCGGGCAAAACGGUUGUCAAAGAAAGUAUAAAUUUUUUUUUAAAUUGAGAGAGCAUAUAAGAAAACAACAUUUAAAUAAAACAUUUAAUAAUUUGAAAAAUAAUGAGAUAUUACAUGAUGAAGCAAUUGAAGAUUUGUUCAAAACUAUAGAUAUUGAAUAUUUAUUUCACAACUUGAGAACCUUAGAUCAACACAUGACAGCUCUUAAAACAACAUAUGGGUAUAUUGAUCCAAAAGAAAUUCCCUUAGGUUAUCGAAUGGAUAUGGUUAUGGAUAAUGAAACAUGUUCUUUUAAACCUAAAUCGGUACUGGAAUCGUGUCAAUAUGUACCUAUUAUCAAGGUUUUAAAGCUUCUGUUAUCAAAUAAAGACAUUAUGCAAGCUAUACAAAAUGAAAAAAAAUCGAAAGCAGGAUUAUUGGAAUCUUUUCUUGAUGGCGAACAUUUUAAAAUUCACCCUUUUUUUCUCAAGAUAUCCAAAUGCUUUAAGAUUAGGGUAAAUAUUUACCCUUAGAUAGCACCCGCCAAUCAACUUCCGUUUGACCUUGAUA